GUCUGCCACAUUUAUUCGCACUAUUCACGAUGGUCACUUGUCUUGUUUUGACUUUCUGGUUUCAUUCAAUAUGGCGUUGGAGAAGUUUGCCAUUGAGUCAUCGUACGAUAAUAUUUGAUUUUCCACUUUGUUACAAGUGUUUUGAUAACUUUGUCGCAUCUUCCACGUUCUGUCUGUGAUUGCCUUUUUAUUUAAGUGUUCUUCUUGAGGCUCCAAGAUGUCCAGUGAAGAAUGUGAUUCAGAUAUGGAAUAUUCUGAUAAUGAUUGUUGCUAUGCGGAUUAUUACAACACUGGAAAUGACUGUGACAUCGACCAAAUUGAUCCAAGUAAAAUCGAUCCGGAGUUCUUUAUAUUUGAGUGUCUGUCAGUUGAAGAAGUAGAACGUUUAUUGAAUGAAAAUGUGGAACUACUGAGUAGUAGUUUACAGAUUACUCCGUCACUUGCUAAAGUCUUACUCCACACUCAUGGAUGGGCUGUACAAGAUUUAAUAUCCAAGUAUCGAUCUGAUGCCUCCCUGUUAUUGGUGCAGUCUCGCAUUAAACCACCACAUCCACCAUCUAACUCUGAUGGUUCCAGUUCUCAUAGUUCACAAAGUUCACUCUCAUCUAAAGAUAGCUUGGAAGAAGAUGAAAACCAGAAGCCUUGUCCAGUUUGUGUGAUGCUAUGUAAUGUCGAAAUUUUCAGUAGUUUAGCUUGUGGUCACAAAUUUUGUAAAGACUGCUGGACAAUGCACUUUGAAGUUCAGAUUAUUCAAGGAAUUUCUACUGGAAUGAGUUGUAUGGCACAGCAAUGUGAUAUUUUGGCACCAGAAGAUUUUGUUUUAACUCUCCUAAAUAAACCAAAUCUGAGGGACAAGUAUCAACAGUUUGUUUUCCACGACUAUGUAAAAUCCCAUCCCCAGUUACGUUUUUGUCCUGGUCCAAACUGUCAAGUGCUAAUCCAUGCCAAGGAACCAAGAGCAAAACGGGCAGUUUGCACAAACUGCAAAACAUCUUUUUGUUUUAAGUGUGGGAUGAAUUACCAUGCACCUACGGACUGUUCCACAAUAAAAAAAUGGCUCACCAAAUGUGCAGAUGAUAGUGAAACUGCCAACUACAUCAGCGCUCACACCAAAGAUUGCCCCCGCUGUCACAUAUGUAUUGAAAAGAAUGGUGGCUGUAACCAUAUGCAGUGCUACAGUUGCAAACAUGAAUUUUGUUGGAUGUGUUUGGGUGACUGGAAGGCUCACGGCUCAGAGUAUUAUGAAUGUUCGCGCUACAAAGAAAAUCCAAAUAUUGCUCAUGAAAGUGUUCAUGCUCAAGCAAGAGAAGCUCUUAAAAAGUAUCUUCAUUAUUACGAAAGAUGGGAAAACCAUUCUAAAAGCUUGAAACUAGAGGAACAAACACUUCUCACUAUCAAAACCAGGAUCAAUCAGAAAGUUAUGAAUGCGUCAGGAACUUGGAUUGAUUGGCAGUACCUCUUGGAUGCUGCAAUGCUCCUAGCAAAAUGUCGUUAUUCUUUACAAUACACUUAUCCAUAUGCUUACUACAUGGAACCUAGUUCACGAAAGGAAUUGUUUGAAUAUCAGCAAGCUCAAUUGGAAGCUGAGAUAGAAAACUUAUCUUGGAAAGUAGAACGAGCUGAAACUACAGAUAGAGGUGAUCUUGAAAAUCAAAUGGAUAUAGCUGAGAAGAGACGAACAACAUUACUUAAGGAUUUCUUAGAGGUAUGACAAAGCUAUCAACUUAUUUAUUCAUAUCUGGAGUCAGUUAUGUGCCAAGAUGUAAGCAAUUUUAAGGAACUCCCUUUUCAUUGUUGUUUUGCUUUUCCUCCUUAAACAUCACAUUUGAGCCAACAAUAUUUAUUUAUGUUUGGCUUGUUUGGUCAAUAUGUGCUUAAAAUCAUUUUAUCACACUGAGUGUGGUCACAACUAGAUCACCCUGGGUUAAAUUAUAGGGGUUUAUAUCACAUGCUGAACUCAAUAUUUUAAUGUCUAGUUUUUUCAUCUCAAACAGGGGUUUGCGUUUGUAGUUUUACAUCUUAUAAGCCAGGUACCGUUUUGUACAUAGAUUAGAAUAAAAUCAAAUUAAUUUUUUUUUAAAAAACGCAGAAAAAAUCAGAAUUAGGUGAUUUGUCAUGUAACAAGUUAGGUUACUUAAGAAGUCUGUUGUAAAAGGAUUAUCUUCUCGCUUUCAUUUCCAUCACAUUGGGUAGCUAAUUACAUGCAAUCUAUUUAUUAAGUUGUUAUGUAUGAGUAUGAAUUCAAGAAGGCAAGUUUGUUUUAGCCCAUGUAAUUUAGCCUAUGGCAUUAAAAAUUCCCAAGAAUCAGGGUGUUUCUUCUUGUACAAAUUUCUUACAAAAACUUAUUGUUGUGAAGUUUGUACCAAUUUCUUUUUUCAAAGUGAUUUUGGAGAUCUAGAUAAGUUUAUAGAAAAUAUAUUGCUAAUUUUCUUGUUGUAAAACAACAAUCUAAGUAGUUGAAAAAGAAAUGAAAUUCAUUAAGUAACCUAUUGUAUGAGAGUGCUAGCUUAAUCCUCCUGUGGCAAAGAAAUUGAAAAGUAGUAUGAUGACAUUUUCUACUGCCUGUCCUUGGUCAACUAUUUUCUCUUGAAGUUAUUCAAAAUUUUCUGCUUUUAUAUCCAGUUUGUGAGAUAAUACUGUUGGUGUAUUGACACUAUGCAAGUUAAGAAUUAGUCUUCCAUGAUGACUUUUUUUGUGUGUUAAUACUAAUCAAGAAAAAAAAUUCUUGCAACCAAACAUGAACUGAAAAUCCUUACUCUUAUUCUCCCAACCAAGAACACUAUACUGUGAUCUGAUAUAAAUAUGUAAUAUAUAGUAUAUACCUUGUGUGUGUGUACGUGCGUGUGUGUGUUCUAUUUGACAUUUAACAAAUUUGUGUUAAGCUGACUGACUCACUUUCGAGGACACUGUUUUAAGUUAUGUCCAUUGUAAAUAUGUGAAGGUAGAAUUAAAGGCUGUUUUAUUUUCA